AUUAUGUGUGUUUUUAUAAAGAUUACAACAUUUUAUUGUAAAAUAGAAAAUAAACAAUAAUAAAAGUAAACAAAUAAACUUAAAACAAAACUCCAGUACAAAUAUUAAAAGAAACGCAAAAUAAAAUGGCUACAAUAAAUGUAACAGCCGGAGCAACUGCAGCACCGGAAGAAACCCUGUCCAAAGAUGAAGUAGAUUUUGUUAAAGUCUCUCACAAUAAUAACAACAAUCAUAAUCUUAAUAACAAUAUAAAUAAUUUAACACACAACAUCAUCAACAACAACAAAGUGCCAAAAACAACAACCAACAAUCAACAACAACAAAACAAUAACAGUCAAAAACCAAAGGAACGUUUAACAAUAUUUGGUUUUAGCAAAAAAUCCAAAUCAUUAGAUGAACAAAAAUUAGCAAAAAAAGACAAUCAUAAAAACCAAGAAAAGUCAGAUAGUGCUACCACAGAUUCAGGAUUUCCCUGUCAACCCACACCUGUACCCAUAGGCACACCACCCAGACACAAUAAAUUUGUUAAAAGCUCUUCCAUAUCACGUCUUCUGGGCAAUACCUAUAAUGCCAAAAAAUUCGAUAAAGAAGAGAAGAAAGUGUCAACCGGAAAAUUCAAUACCUAUGGCGGUAGACGUCGUUCUAGCGGUCCCUAUUUGGAACGUUUCAAACGUUAUGCCAAAGAUGAUGCUGAUGUAGCAUCACCUCCAGUUGUGCUAAUCGAAAAAACAAUGACCAAUUCGGAUACAUUGGAUAGUGAAAUGUUGGCUUUGGAACAUUUUCAUGAAUCACGUCACGAUGAUUUGGGUUCUAAGGCUAUGCGCACCAUAUCCAGAGGUUUGGGUAAACUGUGGUGGAAACGUACGCAUAGUGUGGAUAUUAGUUCACCGGAUCCAGAAUUUAAGGUGUCAUAUUUGGGCAAUGUUUUGACGGGAUGGGCAAAAGGCGAAGGUUGUGUGGAAAAGCAGUUAAAUACGCUGUGGCGCAAUUAUACGCAAAAUAAUAAACCCGACGUAAUAAUGCGCCUAAAAGUAUGUGCCUCUGGUUUGAAAGCAACAACCAGACAACACGGACUAACAGAAUAUUGGGCCAAUCGUAUCACACAUUGCUGUGCACCAAAGAACUAUCCACGUGUCUUCUGUUGGAUUUAUCGUCAUGAGGGCCGUAAGCUAAAGCACGAACUGAGAUGUCAUGCUGUUUUGUGUAGUAAAGAGAAACAAGUACAAGAAAUCUGUGAUACUUUAAAGGCCAAUCUUGAGUGUGCUCUGCGUGAAUUUAAACGUGAGAAAAUUCUCAAACAGAAUGCUCGCUUAAGUCUUGCUAAUGCUGUCUAUGACAACCCCAGUUUGCCAAGACGUAAGAUUUUGCUAAGUGUGGGCAGUAAUAACUAUCGUCCGCCUUUGGAAAGAUCGAAAUCGGCACCCAAAUUAAUGGCCAUUGAAGAGGCCAUUGGCGAAGAGGGAGAGGAAGUGGAAGAGACCAAUGAACCUGAAAUGAAACCAUGCUGUCAAAAGGAUUCUUUAUAUCCAGCCAUGACUUUAGGCAGAAGACGUUGCCGUCGUGGUCAUUCCAUACGCAGAACUGGUAAACUUAGACCAGUAAGCUGUGGUUCCUCGGACAGUCCCUGCUGUGGUGGUAAACAACAACAACAACAACAGCCGCUAGCAUUAAAUGAAACCAAAGAUUUAAAGGAAAUAGACAAGGGAAAGAAACCGGGUGAUACCAAUUAUGGCUCCGAUGAUUCGGAUGAUUUUGAGAAAAUAUUAAAACACAAUGACUACGAUACCAAUGCUUCUUUGACCAAUGAAUUGUUGCCCUAUUUCGAGAGACAAUUGAAUAAGAACAUCAGCAAUAGUUGUGGCAGUUUAAGUGAUUUAAAAGAUGAGCAAACAGUUGGUGGUGCUCAUCACGAAGACGAAGGAGAACCUUUAAGUUUAUUGCCCUGUAUAAAUAAUGAUCCCAAUGCUAAUCCUUUAAAUGAUUUCAAUCCCCAUCAUUUGAAUGAACACACCGAAGAGGAGGAAGCCGAACAAUUGGUAACCAUGAGACGUGCGGGAGUAUGUAGUGAUGGUGAGGAAGAUUUUUUGGGUGAGGAGGAAGAUGAUAUGUAUUUCCGUCAGGCGGCCAUAUUAACCAUGUUACAUCGUCAUUCUAUGCGUAAAAUGGCCAAUCUAUCGUUGAGCAGUGAUGAGGGCAGCAGUAGUUUGGAAACCAAUUCCAGUAGUGUUAUGGAAACUAGAUAUAAACAUCAACAGCAGUCUUCUAUAUCAUCCGAAGUCUCCUCGGCUUCAUCUACCCCCCAACAGAGUGCUAGCAAACGUAUAAGUAAUGACAGUGCUGAUGAGGGUUCCAUAUCGAGUGGUUGUGAAACCGCCAGUACGGUAACCAAUAAUCAAGAUGAUUUAUCUUUGAAAUAUAGACAAGCUCUUAAACAAUUUACAAAUGGUGAAAUUGUACAUGACCUCGAAGGGCCCUCCUCUUUGGAUUCCAACUCCCUAACAACUGAGGAAAUCUUUGAACGUUUACAGAAACGUAAUAGUAGUGAUGCCGCAACCACUUUUAGCAGUUCCAGUUCAAUAACUCUCAAAAUGAGCUCAUCCCCCAGAGACUCUUUAAGUGGCCUUAAUCUAAACGAAUCGAGUCCAACAUUAUCGUGCACAAAUAGCAGUAUAUCAUCAGUACAACGUCCCAGACGUUCUAGACGUCAACGUGAUGUUAAACAAGAUUCAGAUUCUGAGUGCAGUGAUGAAUCGGGUUAUGUCGAGUAUCAGGAGAGAGAAAUGUGUAAGAGUAAUAAUAACAGUAGUAGUAGUAGUAGUAAGUUAGAACAACCAAAGCCUCAAUUACCUAUAAAGCCUCAGAUACCACCAAAACCUAUGCCACGAAGAUUUAUCAAUAUACACAAUAAUGCUACAGCAACAGCAACAAUACCUACAACAACAACUGUUUAGGAAUUUGUUAAUUACAUUGUUUACUUUCUCGUUAGUUUAGCAAGGUUUACUAUAAAGUAAAAGUUUUUAAUGAGAAUAAGAGAGAGAUAGAGAGAACGAAUGAAAGAUUUCUUUUUAUAGCCUGAAGUUGGCUGCAGUUAAUUUGAAAAGGAUUUUCUUUAUAUCAUCUAAAGUUGGCAACAGUUAACGGCAAAGUUAAUCAGCAACUGAUCAAAUAUUCUCUCUUUUCUAAAGAUUUAACAAAUUUGAAAUAAUUGAAACAAUUUUGAUACAUUUUCUUUUAAAAACCAUGUUAAACGUUUCUUUACAAAAGAUAUUUCUAUAAAAAAACAUUGAACAUUUUCAUUUAAAAAAAAAAAACUCUUACAAUUUUUUACAUUUUCCAACAAAAGUUUUUAAACUUUUUUCUAAUCGAAGUAUAAAAAAAAACCUUUACAACAGUGAUAUUGAAUUUGCUUUUGCAAAAACAAAAUUAACAAACCAACAAAAACAACUUAAAUUUAAAUUUCCUCAUCAUCACCUUGUGCUUUAUAUAUAUUCAUUAAACCACUUUAAACAUUUAGUGCCUUAAAAAAAAGUUCUCUUUAGAAACUUUCUUCUAUAAAAGAUUUUGUUAAAAAUUAUUAUAAACAUUUAUAUUAAUUAUAAAAAAAAACUAAAUAAUUAUUUUAUAUUUAUACACAAUUUUUUUUUUACAUUUAACACCAUUAAUUAUUAAGUGAUUUAUACAAUUUGUUGGUUUUUGUUUGUUUUUUUAUUAUUUUUUAGUAUAAAAAAAUAGUUAUAAAACAAAUUUAUAUAAUUAAAAAAAACUUUCUUGCAUCCCUCUUCUCUUAAAUCAUUGUUUCAUAUUAUUUUAAUUAGUAUACAAAAAAACAAUUUGUUUUUCGUCAAAUAUUUAUAUUUUCUUUUUUAUUUUUUGU